CAUCUGUCAAACGAGCUGUUCAGUGUUCAGUUGGAUUCAGAACCACGUGUGGGUUAGUUGGAACCUACAAAGUUGAAUAACAAUUAAGUUAAGAUGGGCAAGCCUAAAGGUACAUCCAGUCGUAAAACCAAAGUGGAUGCUGUAUCGGACGACGAAGAAUAUCAGGAUGCCGUCGACCCAAAUUCAUCAGAAUUCAUAUAUGAUGCUGUUGACGAAUACUACGAAAACGAGGAACGCGAAGGUGCAGAGAAAUUGGCCAAGUUGAUGAAAAGGCCCAAAAGAUACAUACAGGAAGAUGUAUUGGGAGUAGCUUCAUCAUCUGAUGAAGAAGAAACAUUGAAGAUGUCAAAAAAGAAAAAGCUGAAGAAGGCCCGUUUAGAUGCAGAACCGUUACCUCCCCUUGAUAAUGAACUGGAAGAUGAGAAGGAAGGAGAUGAUGAAGAAGAAAAUCUGGAAUGGGGAAAAAAAAGAUCAGCAUACUACAAUGCUGACUACGUUGAUGAAGAAUGGGAUGAUGCAAAUGAGUCGGAUGCUGAGGUAGCAGAACUAGAAGAACAAGAAGCACUUGCAAUUCAGCAAAGAAUGGCCCAACAGUUGGAAGAAGCAGAUUUUGGUUUAGAUUUCAUCACUCACUUAAAAGAAGCUGACAAAAUCAAAGGACAAACAUCUGUACAGGAAGAGAAAAUUGACGUUAAUCUUUCUCAUUUAUCCAAACGAGAAAAACUUAAACUAUUGACGGAAGAGUCUCCAGAACUGAUUGAACUCGUUGAAGAUUUCAAGUGUCAAAUGGCAGAGCUUAAAAACAAUCUAGAACCCAUUUUAAAAUUAGUGACGGAAGGAGUGCUACCUGCAAGUCCAGGAGUUGAUUACGUCACAUCGAAAUACCAGCUCAUCCUCAACUACUGCACACAGAUUGGCUAUUAUUUUGUGCUGAAGUCUAAAAGAAUAUCCGUGCAGAAUCACCCUGUCGUUAAACGUCUGGUUCAGUUCCGAAGUUUGCUACAUCAGCUUGAAAAUGCAGGGGCAAGUCUACAGCCGGAGAUCGACAGUUUGUUAACGAAAAUUAAAGAGGAUGAAAAGAUGACUCGCGAAGACUUUGUACGCACCGUCAUUCCUCCAAGAAAGAAACUGCGCAUUUUAUCAAGUCGUCCUCAGUCGGCUGUAGUCGAGACAAGCAAGCCAGAGGAAAAGAAUGCUGUCACGAAAAAGAAAAUCAACGUACCCUUGACUCGAGACGAAGAGCAAGCAUUAGAUUUCUACAAAGCGGUCAGUAAAUCAAAGAAAGAUUCUGAAGAUGAAAGUGAAGAUGGUGACGAAGAUCCAAACCUUGAUUUGACUGCUGGAGCUGAUUCAGCCAUAAAUGCUUCAGAGCAAGGAGAAGAGGACAUUGGCAAACGUGGCAUCAACUAUCAAAUUGCUAAAAACAAGGGCUUGACACCUCAUCGGUCGAAAGAACAGCGCAAUCCUCGUGUCAAACACCGUAUGAAGUUCCGAAAGGCAAAUAUCCGCAGGAAGGGCGCGAUUCGCGAGCCUCGCAAAGAACUCAAGAAAUACGGCGGUGAGAUCUCUGGCAUUAAGGCGACCGUCAUUCGAAGUGUUAAACUUAAGUAAACCUUUCAAAUAUGUCUUUACAAAUAUACUGUUUAAGUGUAA